ACUUAAAUCUCAGGAAGUCACCAAGCACUGUUGCUAAUAUUAGCCGUCAUUUGGCUGGUGGACAUAAAUACUGUAUAGUAAUAUUAUAAUCACAAAAUGGAAACUGUAAUAUGUCCAUCUUACUUUUGAAAAAGUUUUCUUUUUUUGCUAUAGUGGCCUUUAUUUGAUAGUUAAUUGACAGGAAAGUGGGUAAUGAGAGAAGGGAAGACACACGGCAAAGGUCACCAAGGCCUGGAAACGAACGUGCGACAGCUGCGUCGAGGACUUGGGCCUCCAUAUGUGGGUUGUGCUUAACCACUGUGCCACCACAGCACACCUGUGAAAAGUUAUCUUUCAGGCCCUCAUGUCAAUAGUCCAUUGAUUUGAACAACAUAUCCGCCAGUCCUGAGGCUUCUGCUGCUGUUUUGGUUUAGUUAAGUUAGUUAAGUAGGAGGGACGACCGCUCCAAGAUGGCUACCCAAGCAGCCAAUCAGGGGCUUACUCUACUAUUUCUAUACUACGCCCUCCUAAUGGUAGGCGGAGCUUCAUAAACCAUGCCUGCAGGAAGUCUUCAGCAGACUGGACACCUGGUUUUCCUCAGAUUCACAAUCGCUGACGCCCUCAGAGCUGCAACUGGAUCAGUUUUCAGUUUUAGAAGUGAUGAUGAUGAUGCUCUGAGCUGCUGUCCAAUCAGAGAACAGCUCCCAGUAACCUUUGCUCCGGUUGGACUCUGGAUCUUUAGCUACAGGCAAACACAGGGUCCUCCAUCUCCUGGCGGUGUGAUCCACAAUGAAGUUCCCUUCUCCUCUUACUCUCCUUCCUUCCUUCCUGCUGCUCGGCGUCUUCUUCCCUGCAGCUGAUAGUGGACACUUUCUGGCCUUCCCAGGUGAGUACAGCCACUGGCUGAACAUGCGGACCAUCAUAGAGGAGCUUGUGAGAAGAAACCACAAGGUGACCGUCCUGGUGCCGGACGCUUCGCCGUCGGUAAACUAUAACAGCAGUCAAGACGCCGCCAAGUACAACUUCUUGGUGUUCAAGGUUCCAUUCAGUAGAUCAGAUAUGAACAACAUUAUGCAGGAUUUUAUUCAGUUCUCCAUGUACAAAGCCCAUAACUCCUCCCUGCUGGAUCGCUUUCUGGUGCCACUGACGAUCUUGGGGAAGCUCUCCCAAAUUGGGAAGCAGCAGUGUGACGCCAUGCUGAAAAACCAGCAGUUGAUGGCGACCCUGCGUGAUGCCGCCUUUGAUGUGGUCAUCUUGGACCCCAUGGUGAUGUGUGGCGAUCUGGUGGCCGAGGUCCUCGGUUUGCCUCUGGUCCUUUCGCUGCGGUUCUCAUUCGGCAGCACCAUGGAGCGUCACUGCGGUCAAGCCCCGAUGCCGGCAUCCUUCAUCCCCGCGUCUCCACUGCCGUACAGCGACCACAUGACUUUCAGGGAACGGCUGGUCAACAUGCUGACCUACACAGGGACGUCUGUGUUGAGCGAAUUGUAUUGGAGAACGACAGUUGAUUCUUUCUACACUGACAUCAAAGGAAGUCCUACCAGCUUCUGUAGCUCCCUGGGGAGGGCUGAUGUCUGGCUGAUCAGGACCUUCUGGGACAUCGAGACGCCACGGCCAAUACCUCCAAACUUUUUCUAUGUGGGCGGUCUUCACUGCAGACCAGCCCAUCCGCUGCCAGAGGACCUGGAAGCCUUCGUGCAGAGCUCUGGAGAUGCUGGCAUAGUGGUUGUCACCUUCGGCUCCAUGGUAACCAAUCUGGCACCGGACAGAGCUAAUGUCAUUGCCUCUGCUUUGGGACGACUACCACAGAAGGUAAUUUGGCGUUAUCGUGGCAAAACCCCGGCAACUCUGUCACCAAAUACAAAGAUUUUACAUUGGAUCCCUCAGAAUGACUUGCUUGGACACCAACUGACCCGGGCCUUUGUGACACACGGCGGGACGAACGGUUUAUACGAGGCGUUGUUUCAUGGCGUUCCAGUGGUCGGCAUCCCGCUGUUUGGUGAUCAGCCAGACAAUCUGGCCCGUCUGAGCCGCCGUGGUGCUGCUGUCGUCCUCCACUUCAACCACAUGACAGUGGAUGAGCUGGUGCAGGCGCUGCAUGCCGUCAUCAAUGAACCCAGCUUCAGGUCCAACAUGCAGCAGCUGUCUUCGCUGCAGCAUCAGCAGCCGGUGGCACCACUGAACACCGCCGCCUUCUGGUUGGAGUUUGUGUUGAGGCAUGGAGGAGCUAAACACCUGAGGCUGGCGUCACAUGACCUGUACUGGUUCCAGUACUACAGCUUGGACACAGGAGUGACUAUACUGUUCAUCAUAGCUGUUGGCUCCGCCCUCUGCUGGGUGGGGCUUCGCUGUGUCCUGCGCCACUGCAAAGGUCGAGCACGAAGAGAGAAGAAUGACUGACCAGCUGCUUUGAACGUUAUUGUUUUAUCGGGAUCUGUUUGGUCCAAGCAGAACACCAGAUGCAGUUUUCAGGGUUUCUUCACAUUUUCCUUGAAUUGCUCCUAAGGAGACUCUGUUUGACUACAACACACUUUGAUCAGACCCAAACUCUGAGCAGGCUAUUGGAUCAUGUAUGUUUAUGAAUAUAUUAACCAGCAAGGUAACAAAAGAUAACAUGAUAUGACAAAAACACAUAAUCACCUGGGAAUUAUUUACACUGAUGCACCAGAGUUUUUAUCAUAUUCUGGAAGAAUAAUGCAUGGAUAGCAUCUGUUCAAUGUAAUAUCAGAAAUGCCUCAGAGACGACGGCCAUGCAACAAUAAGGCUGCAUUGUGUAUUUUUAUAUGCAUGACACAGGUACUGUAUACACAACCAUCACUACACAAUCACAGUAUCUGGACACAUCACCAACUUACACACAGAACAUUUGUAAUAUAUUCCUAAGGUGAUAACUAUAAUUCUGGAUUAGAAGUGCUCACUAUCAAUCUUCUAACACAAUACGUUUAUAUUUUUAUUGAUUUCAUAACUUUAUGUAAACAUCAACUAAAGUAAAUAAAAACAACCCUAACCCUACAGGGUGGAGAGGAUAGAAACCACAACACCUUUCAAUGUCUUGAAAUGGGCAGAGCUUCAGAUUUGCUCAUGUUUACCCAUGAACAAAUGUCUCAACAAAUUUUUGUAUGAAGCAUUUAUGACAUAAAACCCAAGAUGUCUUAAAUUUCAUAUACAUACUUUUUAAAUUGCAAAACAAAUUAUCUUGCAGAUGCAGAUGUUUAACACUGUAAAUUGUAUUGAUUUGAUCAAAAUGCAGAGACCUUUAGUCCCUGGAGAUUAAAAUAUCUGUCCAACCCA